ACAGAGGCUGCCCGGAGCCUGGAAGCCGCCUGCCCCAGGCCGCAGAGGCUGUCGGGAGGCUGGGCCAUACUGCCUGGAGGCGAGAAGGAGCCGUCGAAGGCCAAGGAACUUGUCGCUUAGCGCAAAGGAAGACGCCGGAGUGCCGGCAGUCAGGACUCCAGUGUCUCCUCGCUCCGAAGUUUUGAGGAGAUGAAUUGGGUCGGGGGUUCCCGACCCUGGAGGGCAGUGUACAGACUUAACUGGAAAGAACUUGCCAGGAGUGGGUUUUUUAAUCGUUAUCCAACAUGGGACGGCAUAGCGCGAAGUCUCUAUUUUUAAACCAGAAGCAAUCCAGCUUCUUCCCGCUGUGUUUCCCAAGGCUUCACACGUGGAGCCACUUUCCAUGAGGACCAGGGUUCUGAUCAAGCAGGAAAGGAGAAAGCAGAAGGAAUAUUUUGAAAAGAAAAGGUUAAAAUCAAAAAUGAAAUUACUGGGAGUUUUAUCCCCUGUCAAAAAUUCUACUGUCAGUUUAGACCUCCUUAACCUGUAUAUGGUAAAUCAGAUAUCUUGCCAGAAGAAAAUAUCUGAAACUGUGAGAAAACCAAUGCAUGUGAAUAUGAAUAAAGACAUAAAAAUGCCCCUAAGAAAGCAUGAUAUAGAACUUCCAAUGUCACCUAACUGUGUACCAUCUAAACUCUGCAUUGAUGAUACAGAAAACAAUGUAUACUAUCGAAGACUAGACACCAAGGAAGAACUUGAUCCAGUUCAGCUCAAUAAUGUUAAUUAUUCUCAUUCCUUGGUUUCUAAAUUAAAUGAAAAUCAAGAUAAUUUCAAUCCAUCAUAUGAAACAUCACAAUCUGGACCAUUAUUUAAAAGAUUAAACAGUCCAGGAAAUAGAAACUUCCUUACAAGGACACCUACUGUAGUUGUAGGUGAAGAUUGUGGAAGCAUGGAUGAGAGAAGACAGUCACACUUCAUUACUGAAAAUAACUCAUUACAACAUAUUUGGAAAGAAAAUAGAAAAAAGUUUUCAAAUGAAGAUAUGAACCAGCAAACCUCCAGCCUUCUAUCAGAUAACUGUGACUCUUUUAUUAGUGAAAAUAUGAUCAAUUUAUUAAACAUAGACCAACAGAAGAUAAAGGAAACCUUUGACAAGUAUGGUUAUGAUAAUACACGAGAUACGUAUGCAGUCAUUGAUUCUGAUAAAAACCAUUUCACUGAUAGCCACAUUAAAAGUAUUUUUACAGAUCUAGAGUUGGGUUUUAGUAAUUCUACUUUUAAAAUAUCAAGUCAUUCAGAAAAGUGUCAGCCAAACAAGAUUUGCCAGAAAGAGUACAAGAAUAAUGAGAGAAAUAAUUUUAGUACAUCUUUUGAGAAAGAUUUUUAUUCAGCCAGCUCUAAUAAAAAAGGAAAAUUUGAAAAUGAUUACCAAGAGAAGAUAUACCAGGAAAAAAUACAGAAAUACCCAGUGAAUCAUAUAGAUAAUAUCCCUUUGGAAGAAUUGCAUUCUGAGCAAUCAUGGGACUUUGGAGUUGGUGAGAUUCUGAUAGAAGGAGGAAUGUGUUCUUUGAAAGACCGGACAACAUCUACUAAGAAAACCUAUUUUCAUUCUUCACAGAGUAGUCAGUCUUCCAGUUACUCUCCAAGGCCAACAGAUAGUAGUUGUUUCAAUUCUAGUUCAGAGAUGCUAUCUGAAGAUGAAGAUCAAACUGAAGAUUCAAAUAGGAGAUCCAUCAAAACCAAAGAAACAGCAAAUAAUUUUUAUUUAGAAAACAUGGAAAAAUUUCCAUGUGAUAAGGUUAUUAAUAGCAAUGCCAAAUUUCAUAAGCAAAAUGAGAGUUUUAACCAGUUCUCAGUGAAUAAUAAUAUACAUCAGUUUCCAGAGUCUCAGUGUAAUUCAGCACACAUAUUGCAAAGCAAAACCAGUAAUAAUUGCAUUCUACAGGUUGCAAAGUGUGAUGCAUGGGUACAAACGGAGAGUGAACUUAUAAUGGAGGAAAAAUUAGAUGCUGCCAUACAAUGUGAUAUAAUUUCAAAAUGUAAAUGUAGAAAUGAUGUGUCUUCUUUUUGUAAUGUUGAAAGGUACAAUGAAAAUGUUAAGGCAGAUACCACUGGAGGGCAGGAAAUACUUAGAAACAACUAAUAUUCUAAAACCUUAACCUGAGAUUUUGCAUUUGUUUUAAUGUUUAGAAUUUCACUAAUAUAAUAAAGAAUGAGAAUAUUUUUGUAGCUAAGCAACUAGAUGAAAGUAUUCAGAAGAUGUAUUUAUUUUUUAGUAGUACUGAUUUAUGCUUUAAUUUCCCAUAGGUAUUUUUAAUAGUUUAGUAUGUCUUAAAAUUUUUUAGAAAAUAAUAUAUAUGUAAAUUUACUGUUAUUCUUCAGCUGAUUAUUUAUUAUGAAAUGCUGCUGUUUAUGGAUUAAAAAUGUUUAACUAUUACUUCUGUGAAAUGAAAAUAUCUCCUGCCAUGUUAAUAAACAAGAAAUGUCACAGUCAUCAGCAUUUUCUGACCUCCAAAUGUAAAUGAAGGCUCCCAAAACUGGGAUCCAAUGGAUGCUGCCACUCCCUGUGGUGAUUGCUGAGGAGCUGGGGGAAUGCAAGAAGCAAAAUGAACAAGGAAACAGGAUUGGCCCCAAGUAGCUGAGGCGCAUAUGAAAGGAAUGAAAUCAGUGAUUCCAGAGACUUGCAUCUUCCCAUACAUAGAAUGUUAAAUUCCUUAACUUGAUACUGAUCUUUGAUGUUCAAACUGCCUGCUCUCUCUGUUGCACUUGUAUAUAGCCUGACUUCCCCUCUUGCCCUCUUGGACCACUUUUUUCAGAGCUACUGAGAUGCUGUCUCCAAGGCCAGAGUCCUAAACAUUCCCACCAAAUAAAAUAAGUGUCUACUUUCAGGUUGUGACUGUAUUUUUUAGUUGACAAUUCUUGGUUACAUUUAUUUUAAAAUUUAGUGCAGUUGUAUCUUUUGCAAAAAUAUUCUCUUCCAAGAAUUUAAGACAGAAAAUAAUACUAAAUAAUAUUAAAUAUGUUUUAUAGCCUAAUUAUAAGAUUUACUUAGCUACUUAUCUUAAACAUUAUACUCUUGUUAAAAAUUCUGGCAUUAAUUUU